AUGUCGACCAUCGCGCAUCCGGGGGGUGCGGGCCUUCCUAAUGACAAUCAAGGGCCACGCAUCCUGGCGGCCACAAGCAUUGUGACUGCUGGGGCUGCAAUCACCGUGCUCGCCCGCAUGUAUGUUCGCAUUUUCCUCAUUCGCAAUGUGGGGUUUGAUGAUUAUACCAUGCUGUUGACUAUGAUAUUGUCACUCAGCGGAUGGGGGAUUAUCAUUCCAGAAGUCAUCUACGGCGCGGGCCGACAUACGGCCUACGUCGAAAGGACAGCUACCAAAGCAAUGCAUCUGAACUUUGCUACCCAGGCGAUAUACAUGUGGGCCAUUGGACUCGUCAAGAUUUCCAUCGGACUGUUCCUGUUACGGUUCGCACCGCGCAAGGGCUAUCGCAUUUUUAUUUGGGUGGUCAUCGCUCUGAUGCUCAUUUACACGACAAUUUGUUUCUUCACACUCAUUUUCCAAUGCCAUGACAUGCGGAGCAUUUGGGAUUUCUCGGUCAAGUCGAAAUGCUUUGCCCCGAUACAGCUGCUGAAAUUGAGUUAUACAAAUACAGCUUUGAAUAUCCUCACCGAUUUGAUCUUUGCCAUUCUCCCGAUCUUCAUGCUCAGACAUCUCCAAGUCAACAAACGAACCAAGGCUUCCUUGAUAUGCAUCCUGGGAUUGGGUAUCUUUGCCUGCGCCGCAGCGAUUGUGAAGCUCACCGUGCUUCCCAACUACGGUCGCACGGGCGACUUUCUCUGGGAUUAUUCUACUCUCACAAUCUGGGUUGUCGUCGAAUCCAACAUGGGCAUCGUCGCCGGCAGCCUCCCGACCCUGAAACCCCUCUUCAAGCAAGUGCUGGGCAGCUACGGCUCACGCUACAAAUCGCGACCCUACAACUACCCCCAACAUAACACCUACGGCAGCAAGGCCUACCGUCUGCGCUCCAUGUCCCGAUCGCAGCAGCACGGCCAGUCACAGACCCAAGCCAGCCACCACGACCCCGAGCCUUUCCCCAGGAAGCCAACGGCAACGACCACCACAACCACUGCCACGGCGACCUCGUUUCCAGGCCACGACAGCAGCGAUAAUUCGAGCGAGGAGUACAUCCUCUCGCCGCAUGAGCAUGAUACGAUCAUGCUGACGACAGAGGUGACUGUGUCACAUUCGAUGCAGGCCCAGGCGGAGCGGAGUCGCGCGGCGGCUGGGGCGCAGGGUCGGGGGUUCGAUCGGCCGGGGCCGGGGAUGGUGUAG